GAUGGGUGCGCUGGUGGACGCGGCGCUGGAGCGCGCGGACCGCCGCCACGCGCGCCUGACGCAGCUGAGCGCGGAGCUGGUGGACGCGCUGAACUUGUACCACUCGCUGAUGCGGGACCCGCUGAAGCCGUACGGUCACGGUCCGCACGGCCCCCCCGGGCCCCCGGGUCCCCACGGUCCCCACGGGCCUCACGGUCCCGGCCUGCCCCCGCCGGGUCCCUACCCGCCUCAUGCCUUCGGACCUCCGCCGCUGCACCCCCCGCCUCCCCGAUGCUGAGGCGCCGGGAACUGCUGCCUGCUGAUCAUUUAUGGUGAUAUUGUUAUUAUGUUGUAUCUAUUUAAAUUGUAACUUUCUGUAGCGAAAUAAAUUUAUUAAAGGAUCAUUAUUCACUAAUACGAGCAUAUUUCAUUUA